AUGAAGCCAAUGUGCAAAGAGAAGCAGUCAAGCAGAGAUGAGAUGAGAGAUGGGGAGAAAGAGACCAAGCCUCCCUUAGAUGGUGCCCAGCAACUCAGCCUAGAAGGCAACCAGCACAGGAAUCCAAGAUUCCCAGCCUUUGAGGCCCCACCACCACACCACCAUACUGAAAAGGGUGAGGGAAGGGUGAGGAAUGAAUUUGAAGCGGGUAAGGCGGUCGCAGCGCAGCGCGGCGGCGGAUUGGACGACUGGGUAGGGUUCCUGGAGUCGCGUUUGACUCAUCGGUUCCGCGGCGUCGGCGCUUGUUGUGUGCGUCACUUCCGGGUGGCGCGGGACGGAGUGGCCAACGGUCUGCAAAGCAACAUGCCUAAGUUUUAUUGUGACUACUGCGACACAUACCUCACCCAUGACUCUCCAUCUGUGAGAAAGACACACUGCAGUGGUAGGAAACACAAAGAGAAUGUGAAAGACUACUAUCAGAAAUGGAUGGAAGAGCAAGCCCAGAGCCUGAUCGACAAAACAACUGCUGCAUUUCAGCAAGGAAAGAUUCCUCCUACUCCAUUCUCUGCUCCUCCUCCUGCAGGGGCGAUGAUUCCACCUCCCCCUAGUCUCCCGGGCCCUCCUCGCCCUGGUAUGAUGCCAGCACCCCAUAUGGGGGGCCCUCCCAUGAUGCCAAUGAUGGGCCCUCCUCCUCCUGGGAUGAUGCCAGUGGGACCUGCUCCUGGAAUGAGGCCGCCUAUGGGAGGCCACAUGCCAAUGAUGCCUGGGCCCCCAAUGAUGAGACCUCCCGCCCGUCCCAUGAUGGUACCCACUCGGCCAGGAAUGACUCGACCAGACAGAUAAGGAGAGACAGGAACCUCUUUAUAUCCAUUUUAUAUUACUUGUUCUUCACCAGGAGAUCAUGGUGCUGUGACUCUGGGUGUUUUCUAACAGCAUGACAAGGAAGACUUGCUCCCCCUUCCUAUCAAACAGAGAAUAGUUUUUGCAAGGGAGUAG